AGCAGGAAUUCCAGCAGAACAUUGGUCCAAACCCACAUUAACUGGUUCUGGAACAGAAACAAAAGCAGUUUAAUGAUUAUUAAUGAAGGGAGCCAAGAAAACUGAAUGGAAAACAUUGAGACUGUUUUUCUUCCUUUUUAUACAGAUGAUUAUCCUAAAUCUGGUUUGUCUGCAGUUGGAGGAUCUUCAACAGAAGCUGGAGCUGUGAAAGCAGAAGCAGAUGGAAUCUGUUCUGAUUUCUCCCCAGAGGAGCACUUUGUGGACAAACACAGAAAAGAGCUGAUCCAGAGAGUGAGCAACAUCAAACCCAUUUUAGAUGGACUUUUCCAGGAGAAAGUUCUCCUGGAUGAGGCCUACGACAGAAUAAGAUCUCUAGCCACCUCCCAGGAUCAGAUGAGGGAGAUAUUCCUCUGCAUGAAAGCUGGAGAUGCCUGCAAAAAUAUCUUCCUCUCCAUUCUUCAAGAGAAUGAAAGAUUCCUCAUAUCUGAGCUAAAGGGUUAACGAGUCGACCAGAGCGACCCAGACUAGUUAGUGAUGGUUACCUGCAUUUGGACUGACCUCUUUUAAAGCUAUUCUGGAGGAUUUU